CAAAUCCACAUCCCAGUCUCCUUCAGACGUUCACCGUUGCUUCAUCGCCCUGGAAGGCUUGCUGUCCACUGGCUGCUUUCUCACCUCCUCCAUCAUCUCUCUUUCCACUCCCCUGUCGUGUACUCUUGUUUUCUUGAGAGCUUGUAUUUUACACUUGCUUACAAUAAUCAGAUGAUUCCCACAGUUUUAUUUGCAUAUGGUCUUGUAGAGCAAACCUAACUAUAACUACCAAAUGAUGCUUUUAUAUUCAUGAUCACACAGGUAUAAGUCUGGCCUCCGUCCAAUAGAAGAAGGAAUCACCCCCACACUAGCUUUCCCUCUCUCGCUGCCCUUCCAAGCUCCAACCCAAAAGGAUGGAGUCGUCGCUAGCACGGCUGCUUCUGCUGGUGGCCGUGGUGGCCGCGGCGGCCAGGUGCGCCCUGGCCGGGACGCCCCACCCCAAGGGCCUGCGCGUGCGCCUGACGCACGUCGACGCCCACGGCAACUACUCCCGGCUGCAGCUGCUGCAGCGGGCGGCGCGCCGGAGCCACCACCGCAUGUCGAGGCUCGUCGCGAGGACCACCGGCGUGCCGAUCCCGUCGAGCAGCAAGGCUGUUGCAUCGGGGGGCGACCUGCAGGUGCCGGUGCACGCGGGCAACGGCGAGUUCCUGAUGGACCUGGCCAUCGGCACGCCGGCGCUGUCGUACGCGGCGAUCGUGGACACCGGCAGCGACCUGGUGUGGACGCAGUGCAAGCCGUGCGUGGAGUGCUUCAAGCAGAGCACGCCCGUGUUCGACCCGUCGUCGUCGUCCACCUACGCCCCCGUGCCGUGCUCCAGCGCCCUGUGCGGCGACCUCCCCUCGUCCAGCUGCACGUCGGCGUCGAGGUGCGGCUACACCUACACCUACGGCGACGCCUCGUCGACGCAGGGGGUGCUGGCCACCGAGACCUUCACGCUGGCCAAGUCGAAGCUCCCGGAGGUCGCGUUCGGCUGCGGGGACACCAACGAGGGCGACGGGUUCUCGCAGGGCGCGGGGCUCGUGGGGCUCGGCCGCGGCCCGCUCUCCCUCGUCACCCAGCUCGGCCUGGACAAGUUCUCCUACUGCCUCACCUCCCUCGACGCCACGAGCAAGAGUCCGCUGCUCCUGGGCUCCGUCGCCGGCAUCUCCGAGAGCGCGGCGACGGCGCCCGUGCAGAGCACCCCGCUGGUGAAGAACCCGAGCCAGCCGUCCUUCUACUACGUGACCCUGACGGGGCUCACCGUCGGGUCCACGCACAUCACCCUCCCGACCUCGGCGUUCGCGAUCCAGGACGACGGCACGGGCGGCGUCAUCGUCGACUCCGGCACCUCCAUCACGUACCUCGAGCUGCAGGGCUACCGCGCCCUGAAGAAGGCGUUCGUGGCGCAGAUGUCCCUGCCGGUCGUCGACGGGUCGGAGAUCGGGCUGGACCUGUGCUUCCGGGCCCCCGCCAAGGGCGUGGACGGAGUGCAGGUGCCGAAGCUGGUGUUCCACUUCGACGGCGGCGCCGACCUCGACCUCCCCGCGGAGAACUACAUGGUGCUGGACUCGGCGUCGGGGGCGCUGUGCCUCACCGUGGCGGCGUCGAGGGGGCUCUCCAUCAUCGGCAACUUCCAGCAGCAGAACUUCCAGUUCGUGUACGACGUCGCGGCCGACACGCUCUCGUUCGCGCCCGUGCAGUGCGACAAGCUGUGAGCUCGCCGCCGGUGCUGGCUUCGUAGCCCUGCGUGUAUGCGUGUACGUAUGCGGUUGUAUUUUCACUGGAUGUUGAUGGGUGGUUAUUGGUCACGUGGACCUGUAGAUAUCAUGUUCGCGACGCGCUGAUUUCAUUUGUCUGCUGGAACAAUGGGCGGGCUUUGCUUU